UUGAAAAAAUAAAUACAUUUUUGCUGAGGUUGUAAAUGAUUAUUUCUAUAUUAUGUGUUGAGAAAUGACUAAAAAUAUCUUAGAUAUUAAACUCAUUUAUCUUUUUAAAUAAAUAAUAGUAUUGCAAGUAAAAGUAUACUGAAAUUAAGUUCAUUAGUAAAUAUCUAAUAUGAUUGUGUCUUGGAAUUGGACUGAGCUUUGUGGCCCUGAUGAUUUUUCACCAAUUUUUAAGUUUGAUUAUGUUAUUAGUUCAUGUGCAGAAAUGUCAUUUAUCCAACUACCAAUUUUAUUUAUAUUUCUUUUAACAUCAACAUAUCAUUAUGGGAAUUUAGAAGAAUGGAUUGUUCGAACAAAAAGAGAAUUGAUAAUUUUGAAGUUUCGAACAGUGAUUUCUGGAUCAUUAGCAGUUUUGCCUGCUAUUCGGCUUCUUUGGCAAGUUUACGAAUUCACAGAAAGUAAAAUAUAUCCAAUCGAAAAUUUAUUACUUGCAAUACAAUGUUUUAAUUGGGUAGUACACACAUUUUAUGUGAUAUGUAUAAUGCAUCGUUUAGGAACAAGUCUUCUAGGACGAAAACUUGUACUUUUUGUAUGGAUUCUAUGUUUUUUAACAUCCAAUGUAUCAGUAUGGAAUAGUUAUGUUCAAUAUGUUCAGAGUCCUGCAUAUACUUUACUAGAAGAGAGAUUUUGGUUUAGAGUAACAGAUUUAUCUUUACAAUUUUGUUACUUAUUCACUUUGCUCUUUAGAGCUGAUAUUUUAAGGAAUAGACAUGUUGAUAGACUUCGUUUUCUUGCUCAGCAAUCUGUCGAAAGACGCUCUGUAAUGACUGCAUCAUAUAGUCGUUUUAAUGAUGAAUUUGAUCCUUACUAUCUUGGAAUGGCUUGUGAUGAUGAACAUUAUAAUUUUAUUUCUUGGCUAACAUUUGGUUGGGUUGAAAGAUUAAUUUCUAAAGGAGAAAAGAAUAGAUUAAAAAAUUCUAAUGACUUAUUUGAUUUACCUGAGAAGUUGACUCCUGUGUAUGUUUCAUCUAAAGUAGAAGCUGUUUUUAGACAUCAACCAUCUGUGAGAGCGACAUCUCCUAUACAUUUGCCUGCCGAUCAUCAGACUCGACUGCCAAAAAUUUCUUUACUUCAAGCAUUAAACAAAUGCUAUGGCAAACAAUUUUUUAGUAUAGGAAUAUUAAAAUUUAUGGCUGAUCUUAGUGGAUUCAUUGCUCCAGUAUUUUUAAAUAAGUUAAUAACAUUUAUAUCACAUCAUGAAGAACCUUUAAGGAAUGGCUUUGUAUACAUGGGUGGACUAGUUCUUAUGUUACUUUUAUGUUCAAUGUUUGGAACCCAUUAUGAUUACCAAAUUCAAAAACUAGGAAUUAAAAUUCGAGGUACAUUAGUUACUAUGAUUUAUAAGAAGACUCUAGUGUUAAAUACUGUCACACUCAAUAAUUUUAGUAUUGGAGAAAUUGUAAAUUUUAUAAGUACCGAUACAAAUAAUUUAGUAAAUGCAUGUAAUAGCUUUCAUUCAUUGUGGAGUGUACCUUUUCAGUUGAUUUUAGUUUUAUACUUGCUUCAUCAGCAAAUUGGUCUUGCUUACUUGUCUGGAAUACUUGUUACUAUACUUUUAAUCCCAGUGAAUAAAGUCAUUGCCAAUAAUAUUGGAAAGUUAACUGGAAAACUUUUGUUGGAAAAAGAUAAACGAGUUAAAUUAAUGUCUGAAAUUAUUGGUGGUAUUAGGGUUAUUAAGUUAAAUGUUUGGGAAAAAUUUUUUGUAGAUAGAGUUAGCAGUUAUCGGAAACCUGAAUUAGAAUUUUUAAAAAAGAGAAAAUAUUUAGAUGCUCUAUGUGUAUAUUUUUGGGCAACAACACCAGUUACAAUAUCAAUUUUAACAUUUUCUACUUACAUAUUUUUUGGUGGGCAGUUAACUGCAGCAAAAGUUUUUACCAGUAUGGCACUUCUUCAAAUGUUAAUCACACCAUUAAAUGCUUUUCCUUGGAUAUUAAAUGGUGUGACUGAAGCCUGGGUAUCAGUUAAACGAAUUCAGCGCUUGAUUGAAGUAGAUGACACCCAGAUGCAGUCUUACUACAGUCUUAUGCCUGUACAAUAUGGACGAACAUUUGAUAAUGCUGUGUCUUUAAAUCAUUGCACAUUUAAUUGGGGACUCAAAACAUUUCAACUCAAAAAUAUAAAUUUUUCGAUAGCUAAAGGAAAUUUAAUUGGUAUAACUGGACAAGUUGGAAGUGGGAAAACAACUUUAUUAGCAGGGAUUUUAGCUGAAAUAAAUAAGGAUGAAGGGAGAAUAGCUAUUUCCAAUAUGAGAGAUGGGUUUGCAUUUGUUGCACAAACACCUUGGAUUCAAAAAGGAAGUAUAAGAGAUAAUAUUUUAUUUGGCCAAAAUUAUAUUCUUGAAAAGUAUAGAGCAGUUAUUAAAAGUUGUGCUCUAGUGGAAGAUUUAAACAAUUUCUCAUCGGGUGAUUUGACCAUAAUUGGUGAAGCGGGACAUACUCUUAGUGGAGGUCAAAAAGCACGCAUAGCUUUAGCUAGAGCAGUGUACCAAAAUAAAAGUAUUUAUUUACUAGAUGACAUUUUUGCAUCAGUAGAUGUAAAUGUUGCUCAACAUAUAUAUAAAUAUUGUAUAAAUGGUCUUCUUAAAGAUAAAACUCGUAUUAUUUGUACACAUAAUACUGAGUACUUGGUCACAGCUGAAUGGAUAGUAGUAGUGAAUAAUGGAAUAAUAGUAAAUCAGGGUCAACCUUUUGAAGUAUUGAAUGAUUAUAAUAUAAAAACUCUGAAUGUAAAAUUUGAUGAAUUAAAAACUGAGUCUAAUAUUGAUGACAUUGAUUGGAUUCCAAAAAAAGAAUCUGAAAUAAAUACUGAAAUGUUUGAUAAAGAAAAUCAAGAAGAAGGCAUAGUUGCAUUUCUUAUUUAUAAAAAGUAUUGGAGUUCAGUUGGAAAUAUUGUUGGAUCUUUUGUAAUUUUUUUUCUUUUAAUAAUGCAGAUAUCAAGAAACAUAUCAGAUUUUUGGUUAUCUCAUUGGGUAAAUGAAAUGUCCAUACAAAAAAAAAAUAAUCAACUACUCGAUGAGGAUGAUAACAAGUACUAUUUGUACAUUUAUAGUGUAAUUGGUGCAUUUAAUUCAGUAGCUACGUUUUUCCGAGCGUUUCUUUUCGCAUAUGGCGGAAUUAAGGCCUGUACGAAAAUACAUGAUUGUUUAUUAACAUCUACUAUAAGAGCAAAGAUUUCGUUUUUUGAUAUUAAUUCUCUUGGUAGAAUAUUGAAUAGAUUUUCUUCGGACAUUAACACAAUUGAUGAUGAACUACCAUUUAUUUUGAAUAUUUUACUAGCUCAAUUAUUUCUUACGAUUGGUUCAAUAUGUUCUAUAUUAAUUGGUGUUCCUUGGGCUAUAAUAAUUAUUAUAAUAUUAGCUCCUGUUUAUUAUAAACUACAAAAACGAUAUAGAAUUUCAUCUCGAGAGCUUCGAAGAAUUUCAUCGGUUGCGUUAUCUCCAUUGUAUAAUCAUAUUAAUGAGUCAUUACAAGGUUUGGCUACUGUUCGAGCAUUUAGAGUAGUUUCGAGAUUUGAACGUGAAAAUGAAGAUAAACUUGAAAGUUAUUUAAAAGCUGAAUUUUCUGCACAGCUUGCUGCAUUAUGGUUUAACUUUAGACUACGAAUGAUUGGACUAACAGUGGUAUUGUUUAUUGGUUUUAUUGCUGUAUUUGUUCACCAAUGGAAUCUUACAAAUCCUGGUCUUGUUGGAUUAGCAUUAACAUAUGCAUUAACAUUAACCAGUGUACUAGGAGGAUUAGUUGGAGCUAUAGCCUCUACGGAGUGUAAUAUGGUUAGCUUAGAACGUGUCUUUGAUUAUGUUAAUAAUACUGAAAGUGAAAUUGAUACUGAAAAUUCUAUGCCACCACCAUUUGCUUGGCCCACGAGUGGUAUUGUACAGUUUUCAAACGUUUUUUUACAGUAUAGAUUUGAUGGACCUAUGUCACUUAAUGGCGUAUCAUUUGAAACAUAUGCUUCAGAAAAAAUUGGAGUUAUUGGUAGAACAGGAGCAGGGAAAAGUUCACUAUUUGCUGCUCUUUUUAAAAUGAUUGAAAUUCAAAGUGGUCAUAUUUUCAUAGAUGCAGUAGAUUUAUCUAAAAUUUCUUCCAGACAAAUAAGGAAUCGAUUGUGUAUAAUUCCUCAAGAUCCAUUUUUAUUUGAAGGAACUAUUCGCGAAAAUAUAGAUCCAUUUAAAGAAUAUAUGGAUUCUAAUAUAUGGUCAGCACUACAACGAUGCCAUCUAGUGUCUACUAUUAAACGUAUGGGUGGGCUUAGUUGUAAACUUGGAGAAAAUAAUAGUUUGUCUGUGGGCGAAAAACAAUUAUUGUGUAUGGUUAGAGCUGUGUUGAAAAAUGCAAAAGUAAUAUGUGUUGAUGAGGCAACAGCUAAUGUUGAUAAAAUAACUGACCAAAAAAUACAAGAAACCAUUAGAACUGCAUUUAAACAAAGUACAGUUAUAACUAUAGCUCAUAGAAUACGAACAGUUAUGGAUAGUGAUAGGAUAUUGGUGAUGGAUAAUGGAAAAGUUUUGGAAUUUGAUUCUCCAAAUAUUUUAUUACAAGAUAAAAAAUCUUAUUUUCAUAAUUUAGUUCAAAAAGAAUUUAAUAAUAGUUCAUGAUCUCGUAAAAGUCUAGAAUGAAUAACUAAGGUUCAAUAAAUGUAAUCAUAAGCAUUUUAACUCUUGACUUAACUGAUCUUAAAGUUUUCUCUUGCUCUAAUUUAUUUAAAACUUGUAUUUAUAUCAUUUAAUUUUUAAGUAUUAAUAUAAUUGUUCCCAAAAUAUAUCAAAUAUCUGUUUUAUGUUUAAAUUGUCGACUGUUAAUUGUAUUAAUACUUUAUAGUUUCUAUUUUUAAUAUUAUUUAUUCUACGCUUAAGUUAAAAAGGUUGAUUUAUAUAUUAGACUUUUGUGAUAUUAUUGUAAAUGUAUAUGUAUUUUAAUAAAUAUUUAUUUUUAUUAUUUAUGAAUCUUAUAAAAUAAUAAACUAAAAAAAUUAGGCAAUGCUGAAAAAAUUACUUAACAAUGUCCAAUAUUUUUUAAUGAAAAAUCUAGACGACGUUAUUUCAGGAAAAUUAUUUGUGAAUAUGAGAAAAUUAUUUUUAGCAUCCCUGAGCGUUUAAAAUUUUUAUGAAAAACGUUUGUUGCCGCUAUCGUUUUUUGAUUUAAAACCUGAAAUUUUUACCUGACAUUCCAAAAGUAGCCUUUAAAUUUCGUUAGUAUCUGUUGAUUUUUGACUGAAUUAUAAGCUUUUUUUUUCUCAGCACUCCAGACAACGUCAUAUAAUUAGCAAGUUAUUAUUGAGUAUAAUUUUGAUUUAUACAUUAAACUUUUGUGAUAUUUAUUGUAAAUGUGUAUGUAUUUUGAUAAAUAUUUAUUUUUAUUAUUUAUGAAUCUUAUAAAACUAUAAAAAAAAACUCAGCACAGUGGUGACGUGGCAUAGUUGGGUCUAGUAUAGAUUUAAUCUGACAGUGAUUACAAUCACUAUCAUAAGAAACGCUUCGAUGCAAAUCUGUAGAUAAUGUUUAAUUCUCAGGAAUUCAUGGAUAAUUACAAAGGCAACAUCAACUAUUUCCUUAAUUAUAUCCAGAUUAGUAAUUCUUAGAUUCAAAAAUAUAAUAUAAUAUUAUAUAUUAUAUAAUUGCUAUAUUGAAUUGUUUUCAAAUUAUUAUUGAUAUUGAUUUUAAAUAUGUUAAAAGUAAUAAUUUUUAACCUUCUUUAUUUUAUCCUUUAAAAUGAAAGUUUAUAAUAAAAAAAAAAAAAAAUGAAUUUUGUCGUAAUAUGCCUAAUGCUUUGCAUUGCGCAUCUUACAUUUAUCAAUGAAAAAUGUAUAAUCUGUAUUUUAUAUUACUUGUAUACAAACAAAUAAUUAAUUUAUCUGUUAUAAUAUAUACACUGUUGUACACUAGCUAUUAUAUAUGUUAAAUUGAUUAUUGUACACUAUACAUCUUAUCUUAAAAUAACUAUCAUGUUAUGUUCAAUUUAAUACAAUAAAUUGAGAAUCACUAAAAGCGCUGAUGAUAACAUCCCAUGAAGGGGGUAAUUAAAAAUAAUAUAAAAAGGCUUUGUUCUGCUUCCACAUCAGUGAGCGAGCGGCUCAUUAUCUUUCCUUUUUGAAGAUCUGAAUUCAAUAAGGAAUUCAGAAUUCUUCUAUCUGAUUUAUUUUGAGCAAACUAGCCGCGACCCAGUGUUGUCGUUGGAACAUUUUAAAGCGAUUUCAAGUAUAAUUAUUUUUGCGUUAAUACUUUAUUUAUUUAUUAAAAAGGAACAGUAUAAAUCUAAACGUAAGAUAUAUAAAAGAAGUAAGUAAAUUUAUAUUAACCCAAUUAUUUAGAAUUAAUAACCUGAGUAAAGAAUGGUAAAGCAAUAGAUUUUUUAAACAUCAUUUAAUUUAAUUAUUAAUAACUAGUUAAUGGUUGGUCAUAUACUUCAACUGGGUGUCUGAGAGGAGGCCUCAGCCACUCCAUGAACGCCUCAGUAUUUCCACUAAACCACAUCCCAGUUAACAUCACGCUUCAACUGGGUGUCUGAUAGGAGGCCAAGACCCCGGCCACUAUAAGAAUAUCUCAUUCUACUAAUGCAGAAAUAAUUGAAAUCAGAGCAUUUUUCAAAAAUUGUGUAAACAGAGUGAUCCAAAUGAAAAAUAUAAAAAUAUAGAGUGAUUCAAAUAACAAAAAAAAAAAAAAAUUG